GGGCUCUCAACUCAAACUAAUGUUUAUCAUCAUACAUUUUUUUACAGUAAAACCCAAAAAUAAAUAAAUAAAAAAAUAUACGCAUCAGCCUUAAAAGUUAAAAACAAAGAAUAAAACUACCAACAUAUUGGUAUUGGCUCUAGGCACCCAACAACCAACCCGCCGAACAAGAAGGGAUGACGACGACUAAUACAGUAGUAUCUAUAAUCACGGCAGCCACCGCCACAGCCGGCGGAAGAGAGAAGGGAGAAGAGAAUAGCAUUUUGAAGUUAUUAAGAAGGAAUGAUGAAAGAAGCAGCACUAGUAUGGGUAUUAAUAUUGGUGGGAGCAGCGAGAGGAGCAAGAAGAAGAAGAGUUCAUCGUCUUCCGAUAGGGUUUGGUUCAGAAGAAGAGAUGUAGAAGGCGGGGUGGUGAAGAUGAUGCCUACAAAGCAUGAAUUAGAUGAUUAUGAUGAUGAUGAUGAUAUUGUUGAGGAUGAGGUGGACCCUUUUAAGAAGUAUUUAUCCUACUUAGAGUCUCGGGAUGUUGAGAAAAAUGGCCCUUAUGUCCAUGAUUUGGACGGCGACACCCGUAUAGCUAGGGGUGUCAGAUCGGGCGGAUUCGGUCGGUUCGGGUGAAUUCGAUUCGGAUUAAUCGAUUUUUUUCAGUCACGUGAACUGCCCGAAACCAAACCGCAGAAACUAUUAAUCCAAACUGAACUACCCGAAUA